AUGUCCACCUCGGAUUUACCCGCCUCGGAUGAGCUCGAUCAGAUCCAGGGCCCCUAUAGCGGAUUAGCUGGUGUGAUCGCAGGUGAAUUACAAGGUCAUGUCCAACAAUCGACUCCUAAAUCUUCUGAUUACGGAUCCACUUUCAAAGGCAAUGUUGGGGGAGGCGUAAACGUCAGCACCACAACAAUCGAAAGCGAUAAUGAACAUACUGCACUACAGAGCAAGGAUAGGUCUGAACUAUCGCAUGCCAAGAUCCAGAUUAUUAUGACAUCUAUGUAUUUAGGCAUCUUUCUUGCUGCCCUAGACAACACCAUCGUCUCGACGCUGAUGACACAUAUUGCCUCGGAGUUCAAUGCUUUACCAAACAUUUCUUGGAUCGCAACUGGCUAUUUGCUGUCUACGUCAUGUUUUCAGCCACUCUAUGGGAAGAUCUCGGAUGUUCUGGGGCGUAAACCAUUGCUAAUUUUUAGUAACGUUGUCUUUGGUGUAGGUUGUUUGAUUUGCGGACUCAGUGAAAACUUGUGGUGUUUGGUCGUUGGACGCUUUAUCGCAGGAAUUGGUGGGGGUGGACUGACUUCAAUGGCCAGUAUCACCACCAGUGACAUUGUUCCAUUGAGAGAUCGUGCUCUGUAUCAAGGAAUUUGUAACCUGUUCUUCGCUACUGGUACGAGCUGUGGAGGACUCGUUGGAGGUUUUUUCAAUGAACACGGUGGGGGCUGGAGAAUGGCAUUCCUCAUGCAAAUCCCAAUCUGCGUCAUUAGUUGCACGCUAAUUACUCUGUAUUUGAACCUGCCUCAACGGCCUGCCCAAAAAAACCGCUCGCACCAUUGGACCCAAGACUUGAAAAACCUUGAUUGGCAAGGAGGGGUCACCUUGGUGGGAUUUCUCUUCUUCUUUAUGCUCACAUCUUCCCUAGGAGGAAAGGAGAUCCCAUACGACUCCAAAUCGUUCGUACUACUGUGCGGUGUAACUCUCGUAGCGGGCGCGAUUUUUGUCUGUGUGGAAGUUUAUGUAGCAGUGGAUCCAAUUUUGCCGAUAACGUUCUUAGGAGAAAGAUCAGUUUUGGCUGGCAGCUUGGGAAACUUCUUCUCGGUUAUGGGGAUGAUAACAACGAAUUUUUACCUGCCCGUUUAUUGGUCAAGCGUCAUGAACAUGGGACCUACAGCGAUUGGUGAAAGAGCUUUGCCGAGCUUCUUUAGCAUUGCCGGUGGUUCAUUAGGAGCUGGUUACUAUAUGAAGCGCACUGGAAAAUACUACUGGUUUACAAUGAUGGGCUGUGCAGUCGCCAUUUUGGGACAGGUCCAAAUCAACUUCAUUACUGCUGCGAUGCCUACCUGGCAACAAUACUCUUUACAAGCUGUUCCCGGAUUUGGUGUGUCUGUGCUAAUUACUGUGACACUGUUGGCAAUGAUCGCCGCGGUUCCUCAUGAACAUCAAGCUGCAACAACGUCUAUCUCAUACGCCUUUCGUUCUACGGGCUGCACCUUGGGGGUAUCAAUUGGUGCCGCUAUAUUCCGUAACUGUUUGAAUGCGCAAUUGAACCGGAAAGUAUUAAGUUUGGUGUCUAAAGAGCAUCCCGAAUCGGAGCUAAGGGGGUUUAUAUCAAGGGCGGCUCAUUCUGCUGAAUGGAUACACAACGGUGCGCCAUUAUUUAUACAGUCUACGCUGGUCGAGUGUUACCAUUUGGCGUGUAGAGCUACCUUUAACUUUUGUCUAGCAGCUAUCGUAUUGACUGGAAUCAGUUGCGCCUUUAUUCAAGAGCAUAGGUUGCAUACGUCGGUGGAUAGAACAAAAUAG